AUGAUGCCUUCGGCACCCAUGAUGACAAUGUCUCCAAGUACCAAGCCUAAAAUUGGUUUUUCGAUCGACUCGAUCGUCGGCAAUCGGAAUAAAAAUAAAUCACCGAUUCACUUCUCGCAAGAUAGUGAAGGUUCGGAAGCACCUUUGAGUCCAUUAAGUGACUAUGGCUUUACACAUCAACAGAAGUCACCGAAAUUUACGACGACACAUGCUGACAUUCAGAGAGCUUUAAGAUUGAGCGAAUAUUCACAACUCGAAUUGCACAAUCGAUUCAAAAGAUCUUUGAGUACGUCACCAAUUUCCGCUCAAACGGAAUUGAUGGAUCAACAAAAAAGUAUUCAUCAAAGACUGUCAGAACACCAUGAAAAUCACAUUCAAAGACUUGAAUCACAAAAGCGUUCAAUGUCACCGGAGUUGUCACCGCGAACGCAAUUGUCGACGGAAGAUGGAAAUCGCCGUUCACAAUCACCACCGUCGCCAAUUUCUCAACAUCAACAAGUACAGAAAGGUCCAAUUAUGGUUCCUGGAAUACCAGCGAAUAUUAUGCGUCCAUCACCAAUUGGUCCGCCACCUGGUCAUCAAUUACCUCCAGAAUCAUUUUUUUCGGCUGGGCACUUUCAAGCUGCUGCCAACCUAGCAGCACAAACAGGGUUCCCAUUAGGAGCUCUGCCGCAACAUCUUCCACAUCUUCAUAAUCCAAAUAUUCCCCGCGAAAGUUAUCCAUUAUAUCCAUGGCUGUUAAGCCGACACGGGCGGAUAUUUCCACAUCGAUUUCCUGGAAAUUUUCUUCUGCAUCCUUUUAGAAAGCCAAAGCGAGUGCGAACAGCAUUUUCGCCAACUCAAUUACUCAAACUAGAGCAUGCAUUUGAGAGCAAUCAAUAUGUUGUUGGUGCUGAACGAAAAACAUUAGCACAACAGCUUAGUUUAACUGAAACUCAGGUCAAAGUUUGGUUCCAAAAUCGUCGAACUAAACACAAACGAAUGCAGCAAGAAGACGGCGACUCAAAAUCCGGCAGUGGAAAUCAACACAGUCCAGGCAAUUAUGAUGAAGAUGAUGAGUUGAUUGAUAUGGAUGAUUGUCCAUCUGAUGACGAGUGAAAAUAGUUUUUAAUGGCUCUUGUAAUUGGUUAAUGUUGGCUUUACAGCCGAGUACAAAAAAAUAUGAGGAGGGAAUUAUGUUGAAGAAGAGACGAGUAUAAUAACAACAAAUUGACAGU